GCUGUCUCUGACAUUCCUCAAAAGACUCUUGAACGCGUGCUGCGCCGCCAGCGCAAUGGCAUCAACGAACAACGAUUUUAGGCUGGCUUUGGCCCUCGCCGUCGUCAAGGCUAGGCAAUCAGAGGCGAACUCAUUUCAAGUGGGAAGUCUGAAACGAAAGGCGAGUUUCAAGGUCGAAGAAGCAUUAGCGUGGCGAAAAACAAUCACUAACAUCGCGUAUUGCAGAUUGAAGAGCUUGAAGUCACGUUGCAACAAUACACCCGGGUUUUGGGAGAUCUUGGUGACUAAACUAUCGCCAGAGCUUCAGAAUUCGGUGAUAAAAAGGCAGAGGGAGACGCCCAAUGUAAAUGAGCCCGUAAAGUAUCAAGGGGAACUGAUAAACUCGGAAGAUCCUAAAGUGGUCCUUUUCAAGCACGGUGAGGUCUUCUUCGUGGUCUAUUCUACUCAAUUCCUAUUUUCCAGUGAAUUCUCUGAAGACGAUUGUCAUGCAGUUCAACUUGUGUCGAGCAUAAGGAGACUGAAGGACUCGGGCACAGGUGGGUAUUAUAACAAGGCUGCUUAUGUCUGGUCAAGUGACAGUCCGCUGGUUCUAUCGCGGAGUUAACUAUGUUGAGCCUGCAGGGUCAUCGUCCAUCUGGCCCAGUGUCACUGAUGACCGAGGAUGGAUUAUCCACGUUCUGAGAUUUGCUGCAGACCUAAUUGCUGAUUUUCCAGUUAAGGUACGCCUAUCGAGCAUGGUAAAUAUAGGAAAUUCGCCAGAGGCAAAGAGACUAACACCUGCGCUAACACCUGUGAUUCCGAACUGCAAGAUGGACAGUCCAGAACAAACGUACAUAACCGAAGCCAUUUCGUUUGUCAAAGGUGAGUUUCCCUUUUUAUUUUUUUCUCUAUUCCAAGAGUUGCAUCCGUCUGACAACGUUCUUCACAGGAGUUCUUCGGCAUGAAGGAAAGGCCAGUGAACUAUCUGGACCUGUCGCCGAGUUCCUUACUUCUGUGCUGGACAUGCUGCUGGAACCAACAAAAGCGGCGGACGGCUGGUCCUGUUGUGAAGCAAUUGAAAGCGUCAUCCUUGAACUUGCCGAAGAACCAUUUAUAGGACAACUGUUGCUGGGCAUGUUAACCCAUGGACUACAGAAGGAGUUCAAUCUGGUGCACUCUGGCUCAUGGAACUUGGAGAAAGCGAUUGCUACAGAAAGAUGUGGAGCUCUGCUACUACUUGUCUUCAAUAUUGUAUCAUGCAAUCUGUCCAGCUGGACUUCUGCUACUCAGCUUGACAGCGAUAUGCUCCUAGAGUGGAUCGUAUCGUUCCAUCACCUACAGCAGCAGAUUCAAAGAAAGAAGUCGCCUCUCCUGCUGUUUGCUGUCUACACAGACAAGAUCACUACUUGUAUCCAGGACUCCAUCGAGAAGUUGCAUUCAUCCAGCACACCAGAGAGGGAUCUCACAGGUCUACUUGGGCUACACUGCAAGCUCAAGUUAGGGACCUUGAGCAAUAUUGCAGGCUUGCUGUAUUCUGGGGCAUGUUAGGAGGAGCUUAGAGUAUGCAUCCACAUGUCAUUUAGUGUGGUAACCA